AUGAGUCUAGAGUAUAUGGAAUAUGUGGAAUAUGCGGAACAAUUUGUUUCAACGUAUUUCGUACCUCAUAUUGUAACUUGGUACGGCUUAAUAGGUGCAUUAAUUGGUGCUUAUUUUUUGGGGCUUUAUAUCAAGCGGGAAAUUUUUAGAAGACAAAGGGGGUGCAAAGAGCCUCCUGUAUACCCUGAUGGCGGCAUUUUGGGUUUGAAAUUAGGGUAUGACCUUCAAUACUAUAAACGUGAAGGCAGGUUAGUUGAUUUCCCCGUGGAAAUGUUUAAAAGAUAUGGCUCAAAAACAACUUUUAGUGCUUAUUUAUUUGGUGUUCGAGUUGUUGUUUCUUGCGAACCUGAGAAUUUAAAGGCCAUUUUGGCUACUCAAUUUGAAGAUUUUUGCUUGGGUGCAAGGCAUGCUCACUUUAAACCAUUGUUGGGUAAUGGUAUAUUCACCUUGGACAAUGAAGGCUGGAAGGAAAGUAGACAAUUAUUGAGACCUCAAUUUGCAAGAGAACAAGUUGCUCAUGUAAAGGCUUUGGAACCUCAUUUACAAGUUUUGGCAAAGCAUAUUAGAAAGUUUCAAGAAUUGGGCAAGACUUUUGAUAUUCAAGAGUUGUUUUUCAGAUUCACCGUGGAUACUUCAACAGAGUUUUUAUUUGGUGAGUCGGUGCACUCGUUGUAUGACGAUGCAAUAAAUAUGAAGACUGAUCCUGAAGUUGCCGACUUUGCCCAGGCUUUUAAUGAAACGCAAAAGGAUUUGGCUGUAAGAGCUUAUUUGCAAGUUAUGUAUUGGAUAUAUAAUCCACCAUCAUUCAAGAGAAAUACCAAAAUUGUUCACAAAUUUGCCAAAAGAUUUGUUAAUAAAGCUUUAAAUUUAACUCCUGAGGAAUUAAAUGAACAUUGUAAGCACCACUAUACUUUUUUGUAUGAAUUGGCAAAACAAACAAGAGACCCUCAAGUUUUGCAAGAUCAAUUGCUAAAUAUCAUGGUUGCUGGUAGAGAUACUACUGCUGGACUAUUAUCUUUUUGUAUAUUUGAGUUGGCAAGACAUCAAGAUGUUUGGCAAAAAUUAAAGGAGGAGAUUUAUGCAAAUUUUGGUUCGGGAGAUGAUGCAGAUAUCGAAAAGAUUACUUUUGAAACUUUGAAACUGUGUACCUAUUUGAAAUGGGUGAUUAAUGAAGCUUUAAGAUUGUAUCCUUCUGUACCUAUUAAUUUCCGUACUGCUACUAGGGAUACAACAUUACCAAUUGGUGGUGGUAAAGAUGGUUUAUCGCCUGUUUUCGUAGGAAAAGGAACUACAGUGGCUUAUUCUCCUUAUGUCUUGCAUAGAAUGGUAAAAUAUUAUGGUAAAGAUGCUCAAGUGUUCAGACCAGAACGAUGGGAAACUUUAAAGGGUCUUGGCUGGUCUUAUUUACCAUUUAAUGGUGGGCCAAGAAUAUGUUUGGGUCAACAAUUUGCUAUUACUGAGGCUAGUUAUGUUAUUGCAAGAUUAUGUCAAAUAUUUCCAACUUUGGUGAGCAAAGAUGAUAAACCUGAUCCAUGUAAGAAAUUGAUUCAUUUGACCAUGAGUCACCAGGAGGGAGUAUUUGUUCAAAUGAGUUAA